UGCGUAAAACAAACUCCGCCUGUUAGCGCUCGGCCGGAUCGGUUCCAAAGUUGAAGAGACGCUCCGGAUGGACCGCGGGAUGGUUUCCGCUCUCGAUCACCUCAAUGACAGCUGGAACGUGAGCGCCGAGCGCGUGCUGGAGGACCCGAGGCCGGACCAGGGGAAGCUCUCCCCGCAGGGCUUCGUCGUCCUGUCCGUGGUGCUCGGCUUCAUCAUGACCUUUGGCUUCCUCAACAACUUCGUAGUGCUGAUCCUCUUCUGCAAAUUCAAGAAGCUGCGGACGCCGGUCAACAUGCUGCUGCUGAACAUCAGCGUCAGCGACAUGCUGGUGUGCGUGUUCGGAACCACGCUCAGCUUCGCCUCCAGCAUCCGAGGGAAGUGGUUGCUGGGCCGCCUGGGCUGCAGCUGGUACGGCUUCAUCAACUCCUGCUUUGGUAUUGUCUCGCUGAUCUCUCUGGUAAUCCUCUCCUACGACCGCUACAGCACGCUAACUGUUUACAACAAAGGAGGGCCGGAUUACCGUAAACCCCUGCUAGCUGUUGGUGGGUCUUGGCUUUACGCCUUGUUCUGGACAGUGCCCCCCCUGUUGGGCUGGAGUAGUUAUGGCAUAGAGGGGGCAGGAACAAGCUGCUCAGUGUCUUGGAAGACUCGGACCUCCCAAUCCCAUGCCUACAUCAUCUGCCUGUUCAUCUUCUGCCUGGGUUUGCCUGUGCUGGUUAUGAUCUACUGCUAUGGCAGGCUGCUGUGGGCCGUCAAACAGGUUGGUAAAAUCCGUAAGACUGCAGCCCGGAAAAGAGAGUACCACAUACUGUUCAUGGUUCUGACCACGGCUGCCUGCUACCUGCUGUGCUGGCUGCCCUACGGUGUUGUUGCCAUGAUGGCAACAUUUGGGCCGCCUGAUAUCGUUAGCCCUGUGGCUAGCGUGGUACCCUCACUCUUGGCCAAGUUCAGCACGGUCAUCAACCCCAUCAUAUAUAUAUUUAUGAAUAAACAGUUCUACAAAUGUUUCCUGAUCCUGUUCCACUGUGGCCGUCCAUCACUGCAGAAAAGCAACAUUUCAAUGGCCUCCAAGACCACAGCAAUCCAGCUAAACCGCAGAGCGUGCAGCAACACCGUGGCCUGCACCGUUCACUUACCCAACAGUAUGGACCAGUGUGAGCACCCCAAACACUCAACCCCCCCCGCUGAGGUCGCUACCGGAGCCUUCUCUACAUGACCACCAAGCAAAUGUGAACUAAAGUAUGAUGCAUUUGGAAAGUAAUUCUUAGUGUUUUUGAAGUGUGUUCUUUUAGGUGUUUUUCUAAAAACAUGCUGUGACUGUCUGUUCAUCAGAACCUCAGUCUAAGAAGCAAACUGUAUUGCAACAAAUGGCAAAGGUGGAACAGCUAAUGGAUGCCACGCCACACAUCUCCUCCACUAACGCAGUGACUGAGGACUGAUGGUGCUUGUGACUGUGAAUUGGGCAUUGGGCAACACAAGUUUGAUACCUAGUGAAACAAUAAUUUGUUG